AAAUCACGUGACUACCUGUCAAAUCAAGACCACGAGCUGUCACAGGUGUUGCAUAUGUGUACAGGGCCUGUAUACCAGGCUUAAAAUUUCCAGAAAUUUGGAAAUAAAACAUGCCCCCGUUAAUAGAAGUAGACGAUUUAGUGCACUCGGUGACCCUUUACACUAUUUACCCGACAUUAUUUCAUCUUUAUGUCAUACCGUUCGUCGUUUUAUACUGUACAUGGUUGUAUACGUGGUGCGGGGUAUACGGUUUUAAUGAAUUCUACGAAGGGGGUUUCGUCGGACUAGCUGCCAUCGGGUGCCUUCAGGUUUUAUGCUGUCUAGGAUGUUACUGGUCUGUACACGUUAACUGUUUCUUCGCGUGUAAAGCGGAAAAAGAUCCUAAAAAAGCUACUGUAGCAAAAGUAGUUCCAACUGCCAAUAAUGGUUCGUCUGAAUUGGUUCAAUUAAGACGGUCAAAAGACAACCAAAACAUUUGGUUUGUGUUUCAACAAACAAAAUACUUUUGGUGUGCGGAUAAGAAGCAAUUUCGUGGUCUUGAAUUUCCCAUUCAUAAAACCUAUUCGGAAUAUGCACAAUGGAAGGGUUAUCAAGAAGAAAGCGACGUUUUGGACGCGGAACAAUUUUAUGGUCGAAAUCAUCUGGAUAUGGUCGUUCCUGAGUUUAUGGAACUCUUUAAAGAGCGCGCAACGGCUCCGUUUUUUGUGUUCCAAGUUUUCUGCGUAGGUUUAUGGUGUUUGGAUAAAUAUUGGUAUUAUUCCAUCUUUACCUUAGUUAUGUUAAUCUUGUUUGAGUGCACCUUGGUGCAACAGCAAUUACGGAACAUGGCUGAGAUAAGGAAAAUGGGGAAUAAGCCUUACAACAUUAUGGUUUAUAGAAAUCGAAAGUGGAGAUCUAUCGCCACAGAUAAAUUAAUCCCAGGGGAUAUUAUUUCAAUAACACGAUCUCAAAACGAUAAUUUAGUCCCUUGUGAUGUUUUAUUAUUACGAGGGCCUUGUAUUGUUGAUGAAAGCAUGUUAACCGGGGAAUCUGUCCCACAAAUGAAAGAAGCAAUUGAAAAUUUUGAUUUAAAAAAGGAAUUAGACAUGGAUAGUGAUGGGAAACUUCAUGUUUUAUUUGGUGGGACAAAAGUUGUGCAACACACACCUCCUUCUAAAGCCACUUUAGGGUUAAGAGCCCCUGAUAAUGGUUGCAUAGCUUAUGUAUUAAGGACAGGGUUUAAUACUUCACAAGGAAAGUUAUUAAGAACAAUUUUAUUUGGGGUUAAAAGGGUAACAGCAAAUAACUUGGAAACGUUUGGUUUUAUAAUAUUUUUAUUGGUUUUCGCGAUUGCUGCUGCUUGGUAUGUUUGGGUAAAAGGUUCAGAAGAUCCAGAGCGAAAUCGCUACAAACUUUUCCUAGAAUGCACUUUAAUUUUAACAUCUGUAAUCCCUCCAGAACUACCUAUCGAAUUAUCUUUAGCAGUCAACACAUCUUUGUUGGCUCUAGCUCGUUUAGGUGUAUUUUGUACCGAACCUUUUCGAAUCCCUUUUGCUGGAAAAGUCGAAAUUUGUUGUUUUGAUAAAACGGGAACUCUCACAAGCGAUGAUUUAGUCGUUGAAGGAAUCGCUUUGGCUACCACAAAUAAAGUCACAUCAUUAAAUGAAGCCCCUUUAGACUCAAUACAAGUUUUAGCAACUUGUCACUCUUUAGUACAUUUAGAUGAGGGUUUAGUGGGAGAUCCUUUAGAAAAGGCAACUUUAACAGCCGUCGAUUGGAAUUUAACGAAAUCCGACGCUGUUAUCCCCAAAAAAGGUAAAGCGUCGGCGUUAAAAAUUUUUCAUCGCAAUCAUUUUUCGUCCGCCCUAAAACGAAUGUCCGUUAUCACCGGAUACACUCAACAAGGAUCUUUAGAAACGUUUUAUUUAGUAACAGUAAAAGGCGCACCGGAAGUUCUAAAAGAAAUGUACGUCGAUCUUCCCUCGAAUUACGAUGAAAUUUAUUUAGAUUUAUCGCGAAGAGGAGCUCGAGUUUUAGCUUUAGGCUGGAGAGAGUUAGGAAAAUUAUCUACUCAAGAAGUAAGAGAUUUAACUCGCGAAGAUAUCGAACAAAAAUUAAAAUUCGUCGGUUUUGUAAUAAUUUCGUGCCCGUUAAAACUCGAUUCAAAAGCAGUUAUUAAAGAAAUUAUUAACGCGAGUCAUAAAGUUGUAAUGAUCACCGGGGAUAAUCCUUUAACAGCUUGUCACGUCGCCAAAGAACUUAAAUUUACUCAAAAACAAACGACUUUAAUUUUAAAAGAAACGGAAAACGAAUGGAAUUGGGAAUCGAUUGAUCAAAAAACGAAAAUUGAUUUAACCGAAAACAUAAACGAAAUUAUUCAAAAAAAUAAUCUUUGUAUAACCGGUGAUGGUUUGAAUUAUUUAAAAGAAAAUUAUCAUGAACUUUUAUACAAAAUCCUCCCGCAUGUUAUGGUUUAUGCGAGAUUUGCGCCAAAACAAAAAGAAUUUGUUAUUCUUAAGUUAAAAUCGUUAGGUUAUACAACGUUAAUGUGCGGAGAUGGUACAAACGAUGUGGGUGCUUUAAAACAUGCGGAUGUUGGUGUUGCUAUUCUUUCAAAUGCGCCGGAAAGAAUGCCUGAAAUUAGGAAAGAAAAAAUUGAGAAAGAAGAUAAAUCGAAAGAUAGUGAGAAAAGUUUAAGGGAAAGAAAACUUCGGGAAGUUGCCAGACCUAAAGAUCGACCAAUGAGAACUCCUGAAGGUAUUCAAGAUAAUAUACAAAAACUUAUGAAAGAAUUAGAAGAAGAAGAGAAAGCACAAAUUGUUAAAUUGGGUGAUGCUUCAAUUGCCUCCCCGUUUACAAGUAAAUUAUCAUCAAUAAUGUGCAUUUGUCAUAUAAUAAAACAAGGUCGAUGUACAUUAGUAACAACAUUACAAAUGUUUAAAAUCUUAGCUUUAAACGCAUUAAUUUUGGCUUACACCCAAUCAGUAUUGUAUUUGGAUGGAAUUAAAUUAACGGAUAUGCAAGCGACUUUGCAAGGUUUACUUUUAGCGACGUGUUUCUUAUUUAUAUCAAGAUCGAAACCGCUAAAAACGUUAUCGACGCAACGACCACUUCCAAACAUUUUUAAUUCUUACACGAUCUUAACAGUUUUAUUACAAUUCGCCGUUCACUUCAUCUGUUUAAUUUUUUUGGUACAACAAGCCAAAUUAAGAUUACCAAUGGAUGAAAGUGAUGAAAGCGAUGAAAAUGUAACAAGUACGGUUAAAUUGAGUACAGAUGAAGGUGAAGAAGAACCCUUUGUACCAAAUAUAGUGAAUAGUACGGUUUAUAUUAUUUCUAUGGCUUUGCAAAUAGCUACUUUUGCGAUUAAUUACAGGGGUCAUCCCUUUAUGGAAGGGCUUACACAAAAUAAAGCUUUACUUUACAGUAUGGUCGGUUCAGCUGGAACUGUAUUAGCUUUAACUUUAGGUUUACUUCCUGAUUUAGCGGCACAAUUUGAAAUAAUAGACUUUGAAGAAGACUUUCGAAUGAUUUUACUUCAAAUAUUAUUCGCCGACUUUUUCUGUUCUUUAUUAGUGGACAGAUUAUGUUUGUGGAUAUUUGGAGAAGGAAAUCUUCCGCGUGCUUUAGUAAAAUCGUAAAUAAAUAAAAAAGAUCUCUUAAAUGUGCGUGGAUUUGUGUGUACAUAAUUUAUUUGUACAAGUGGUGAUUGUAUUUAUUUGGGAGAUGUUUGUAAAAAAGAAGAAAAAAACGUAUUAAUCUACAUCUUAAAGAAAAAUACCA